GGUGACCAACAGUCAAAAUCCCUUGAGGAGCGACCCAGUCAGCGAAGUGGGUGAUGCCGUCCGAUUUGGAGCUUCUCCCGCGCUUGCCCUCGCCGUCUCCGGUCGGCGAGGCGGAGGAGAGGACCUCGUCCCCCUCCGCGUCAUCCGCUGCUCCGGAGGACGCCAGGCCUAUUCUACUACGAGCGACGCCGCAGGCUGGAGGGGGCGGCGGCGGCAGCAGCAGGAGGAGGAGAAACGCUAAUGAAUCCUCGCUCCGUCCCUUGCCCUCCCAAACCAGAAGAAGCCAAUCGUUCGGGCGGGAGGUCAGCCACGCCGCUGCUGAGACUUACCUCCUCACACGCCUCGCAAUCACCCUGCUCCGAUAUCUCGGAUUGGGAUAUAGGUGGAUCACAAAGUUUCUUGCCCUGGUUUGUUAUGCAACUCUUCUUAUGCCUGGUUUUGUCCAAGUUGGAUACUAUUAUUUUUUCUCAAGUCAGGUUCGAAGAAGUAUCGUUUAUGGAGAUCGGCCAAGAAACAGACUAGAUCUGUAUUUGCCCCUUAAUGUUGAUUCUUUGAGACCAGUUGUGGUAUUCAUAACAGGAGGAGCAUGGAUUAUUGGCUAUAAAGCUUGGGGUUCACUUCUUGGACGGAGAUUAGCAGAAAAAGGCAUCAUAGUGGCAUGCUUAGAUUACAGAAAUUUUCCUCAAGGGACCAUCAGCGAUAUGGUGGAGGAUGUCUCCGAAGGCAUCUCGUUUGUGUGCAAAAAUGCUGAGUGUUAUGGUUGUGAUCCAAAUAGGAUUUAUUUGAUGGGACAAUCUGCUGGUGCACAUAUUGCUGCUUGUACUAUUCUGAACCAGACAAUAAAAGAAAGUGGAGAAAAAGAGAGCAUUACAUGGUCCGUCUCACAAAUAAAAGCAUACUUUGGAAUAUCCGGCGGGUACAAUAUGCUCGAAUUAGUGGAUCAUUUCCAUAGGCGUGGUCUGUACCGGUCUCUAUUCUUAAGCAUAAUGGAAGGCGAGCAAUCCUUGUGGCAAUUUUCUCCUGAGAUUUUAGUCCAGGAUCCUAGCAUUAAACAUGUUGUAGCUUUGAUGCCUCCAAUCAUCCUGUUUCAUGGAACAAGUGAUAAGUCUAUACCAUCAAAUUCCAGUGAAAAAUUUGUCCAUACACUUAAAGAUGUGGGAGCUAAAGCCAACUUUGUCAUGUACGAUGGAAAAACUCACACAGAUCUGUUUCUUCAGGAUCCUCUUAGAGGUGGUAGGGAUGAACUUCUGGAGGAUAUAAUUAAAGCCAUUUAUGCUGGUGAUGAAGUCGAAUGUGCCAAUCUUGCUCUAACACCAUUGCCACGCCGCCUUGUUCCGGAAUUCAUGUUGAAGCUGGCUCAUAAAAUAAGUCCCUUCUAGGAAUUUGUUUUCCAAUUUUAUAUGGUAAUCCCUAAACAACUUGUCACUGUCAUUACCUUGAAUUCUAUUUUGAUAUAAAAAAUAUAAUGGCAAAUUAGGAAAUAGUCCAUCCUUGAUUUUUUUUAAUCGGAAGUCUUCUUUUGCCAUUUCUUCUUUUUUAUUUUCAUAUUUUAUGGAGUAAGAAUGCGAUAAGAAAUAAAUUGCAUUCACCUCA